AUGACAGCUGAGAACUGGAAACAAAGUUCUGAAAUAGACAGUUACCUCACAAAUAACCCGUUUUCUCCUCCCAAUGAUAGGGAAGAAGCUUUGCCCCAAAUUCAUCAUCUCCAGCUGCAUUUUCUUCCCUUGCAGCAACAAAAACGAAAGAAACAUUGUGUUGAUUUGAUUGCCUGUGAUAUCAGAGAGCCAGCCGUCCCUGGAAAUCUGAGAAGGAGAAGGCAAGACAGAGAAAUGGCAUCACCGCAAUUAGAAGAUGGCAAUUCGUUUUCAUAUGGAAACUACACAAUAUAUAACUUUAAGGGGGGUGGAUCUUUUACCAUAACCGUCAUGAUGAUUUUAAAUCACUUCUUCACCCUCAUCCUCAAGCCUCUUCACCAGCCUCGUUUUGUCUGCCAGAUGCUAAGCGGCAUUGCUGCUGGUCCAAAUGGGCUGGCGCUCUUUCCAGCUAUUAGUGAACUUGUGACUCCCUUUAAGAGCAAUAUGAUGAUGGAGACGAUGGGUAACUUUGGAUUGGUCCUGUACGUGUUCCUAGCAGGGUUAGAGAUGGACAUUAGCACAAUCAAGGGCAUACAGAAGAAGGUCAUGAGCAUUGCCAUUGCUGGGAUUCUGCCUCCCAUGUUAAUUGGAUUUCUUUUGUACCUUUUAUUUAAGGAUCAUCAAGACGAAAAAUUCAUAAGUGGUGGCCUUAUCUGGGGAAUUUCCCUCUCCGUAACCAGCUUCCCUGACCUUGCUCGAGUCCUUUCCGACCUCAAAAUCCUCCAUACUGACAUGGGAAGGAUGGCCUUAUCUGCUGGACUUGUUAAUGAUUUGUUUCCGUGGACACUUCUUGUUAUUGUUGUAACAGUCGUUAAUAUGGGAGAAAGAUACUAUUUCGCCCCCCUCACCUUGAUUUUUCUGAUCUUCUGUUGGUAUGGGCUGCGCCCAGCAAUCUCCUGGUUGAUUCGCCACACCUCAAAAGAUGGCCAAUUCACUGACCUCCAUUUCUAUUUUAUUCUCUCGGGGGUCAUGGUGUGUGCAUUGAUCACAGACGCUAUCGGUUCUCAAUCCUUAAUUGGAGCUCUAAUGUUCGGACUCAUCAUGCCAAAUGGGGAGCUUGGAUUGAAACUCAGGGACAAGUUCGGAUACUUCGUGUCUGAGAUCAUGAUGCUUGCCUUCUUCAUUACCACUGGUCUCCGGAUAGACAUGUCCUUUUUAUUCAAGUUCAAUCUCGGUGCAAUGAAGAAAAAUUUGGAAGUAAUCUUUAUAAUUGUCUUAGCUUCCACUGCCAAAUGUAUAAGCACUUCCAUUGUCUCCUUCUGCUACCGUAUGCCAGCUCACGAUGCUAUGGCCCUUGGGCUUCUUAUCAGCACCAAAGGAGUGCUGUCCUUGAUUAUUAUCAAUGCCGGGCGAAACCUUCAGUGCCUAGACAAUAAAGAAUUCACUGCCAUGGCAUAUGCUAUACUCUUAAUGACGGCUAUGGUGAAGCCAAUCAUAAUUUUGAUUUAUAAGUCCUUCAUGCGCAUAAAGCAACAUAAGAACAGAAGCAUGGAGAGAAGUAAACCAGAUUCUGAGCUUCGAAUUCUCGCUUGUGUUCAUUCAAUUCGCAACCUCUCAGGCAUAAUUAACCUCCUUAAAAUUUCAAACCCAACAAAGAAAUCCCCACUGAGCGUCUUUGUUGCACAUCUUGUAGAGCUGGUUGGGCGUGCUUCGGCAAUGCUGAUCAUCCAUGACACUGGCAAGCCUGUAGGACUACUAGGCCGUGAGAGAGCAGAGUCCGAGCAAAUCAUCAGUGCAUUCAAAGACUUCGAAUCCUCUUACGAAGAAGCAGUCUCUGUUCAACCACUUACAGCCGUCUCUCCUUACAGCAGUAUACAUGAAGACAUAUGCGCCCUUGCAGAAGACAAGCAGGUCACACUCGUUCUGGUUCCUUUUCACAAACUCCCUAAAGCAGACGGUGUAUUGCAGGAAGAAAACAACACUUUCAGAAACAUCAAUCAAAACCUGCUAGCCAGCGCCUCAUGUUCAAUUGGGAUACUCGUAGAUCGCGGAUUCGGACCAGCAACGAGGAGGGAAUCAGAUCCUGGUACAAUAGCGGAGCUUCAACUUGCCAUGAUCUUCAUAGGAGGACCCGACGACAGAGAGGCAUUAGCGUACGCGCUGAGAGUAGCGGGUUACCCGAGAAUGAACUUGGUGGUGGUCCGAUUUGUUGCAAGCAAAGAUGUCACAGACAUAAGAACAAACACCUUGAAGGCAUCGGCGGCACAAGUGGACGACGAUUACAUCAACGAAUUCAGAUUCAGAACAAUGGGCAGUGAGAACAUAACAUACGUAGAAAAAGCAUCGGAUUCCGGGGACGAAACAGUGACAGCCAUGAGAACAAUUUUUCACGAAUUCGACAUGUACAUUGUGGGGCGAGGGGAAGGAUUCGUCUCUCCAUUAACGUCGGGGCUAUCAGAGUGGACUGACUGUCCGGAGUUGGGACCAAUAGGUGACACCAUAGUCUCGUCUGGAUUCGCACAGCAAGCAACAGUUCUUGUGAUCCAACAAAGCGUUCCUGCCGCCGCUAAAAGCUCUGGCCAUGGCCAUAUGACUUGGCGCUUGGGGAAUCAGUUUAGUUGA